ACACAUAUAAGCUAUGUCCCUCGACGCUGCACCACGCGGUGCUCUUUCAUCCCGCUCUCACUGCCAUCCUGAUACAAUCAUAACGCGUCAAUAUACAUCAUGGCUAUAGGCCAUAUUGCUGCACCAGCAACAUCAUGGAGGCCACCUAAACGGACGAUCGUUUUCCCUGUGGAGGUGCUUGAACGAAUCAUCGAUUUCUGCGCCCAUCCAGACACUUUCCCCCUUGGCGGGAUCGAUGAGAGUCGUGAUGCCCUCAGAGCAUGGUCACUGACUCACAGAAUUCUUCUUCGACGUUGUCGAAUGCAUCUCUGGCGAGAGAUCAUAUUGAGGGACGAGCUCGGAGUCAACAACCUUCUCCAGGCACUUCGUAGCGACCUUCACAUUUCCACAUACAUUCAAUCCCUCACCGUUUGGUUUGAGACACCAUCUUCUGUGUUUACGUCGCUCAUGAAUGCUCGACUGGCGCAUUUGCGUUACAUACGCCUGCAUAGCGAGCCGGUGUUAUUUCACAAGGUUUUCUUCAAAACCAUGCAACAGUUCAAGAACAUCACCGUACUAUGGACAUCCGGUCGUAUGCAGGCACACCACCUUAUGAGGUUACUCUGUUGCUUUCCCAACCUCCAGUUCCUACAUAUGGCUAAUGCAGAAGAAUGCUUAGCUCCCGUACCCCAUGCGAAACAUUAUUCACCGAAGUUCAAGCUAGAAUGUCUGCACUUGUACUUUGCUAAUGCGGACAGUCAAAUUGCCGCAUGGCGGUACAUUUCCCGCUGCCUCUCCAAUACCCCAACGUCUGUCAUGUCAUUGAAGAUCUUGGACAUAAUAUUCGAUCCUUGUGACCUUCACUUGAGAUACUGGCAUGACAAUGCUGACGAGAACGCUGCAACGAUGAUCAAUGAGAUCACUUUUCCAUCUUUGAGGGAAUGUAGAUCCCUUCGCCGGCUCUUCAUUAUUUUCAACUGGUCCAUACAAAAGCGUUUGCCUGGCCUCCUCCACUUGCUAGAAACAAUUUACCCGGAGCAUUGGAGUCUCUGGCCAUUUUUGCAGACUCUCCUCGUGCAGUUGACCUAGAAUGGUGGAGGAACCUCGAUGCUCUGCUUUCCACCGAACGUUUUCAAUCUUUACAAACAGUUGAAGUAUUCGAUGAUGUACAAACGACAGUGUACGCUGAGGAACUGACUAAUCUCAAGUCCCGAGGCAUCCUGAGAAUUGGCGAGCUGAGAUCGCUCCCUACAUAUGAUUGGCUGCGUUCUCGGGACAUCUGGUUUCGACUUUGGCAU